CCCACUACCAAAAAAAGAUUGAGCUUUUCUCAAUCCCGAACAUUUUCUUCCAUCCUUAAACCUCCCACCCACGACCUGGCGAUUGACUUCUUCCUUUAACAACAAAGGAUCAAUCGAAGAUGUCGCACCGUAAGUUCGAGGCUCCCCGUCACGGCUCUCUCGCCUUCUUGCCGAGAAAGCGUGCUGCCCGUCAUCGCGGCAAGGUAAAGUCCUUCCCCAAGGAUGACCCUAAGAAGCCUGUCCACCUUACUGCCGCCCUGGGCUACAAGGCUGGUAUGACCACGAUCGUUCGUGACCUCGACCGACCCGGCGCAAAGGCACACAAGAAGGAGGUUGUUGAAGCAGUCACCAUUAUUGACACUCCACCUAUGAUCGUUGUUGGUCUUGUGGGCUACAUUGAGACCCCCCGCGGUCUCCGAUCACUCACCACCGUGUGGGCCGAACACUUGAGCGACGAAGUCAAGCGCCGAUUCUACAAGAACUGGUACAAGAGCAAGAAGAAGGCUUUCACCAAGUACGCCAAGAAGCACUCGGAGAGCAGCGGCUCUUCCAUCACCCGCGAGCUCGAGCGCAUCAAGAAGUACUGCACCGUCGUUCGUGUCCUCGCUCACACCCAGAUCCGAAAGACCCCCCUCAAGCAGAAGAAGGCCCACCUUAUGGAGAUCCAGAUCAACGGCGGCUCUGUUGCCGACAAGGUCGAGUUCGGUCACGGCCUCUUCGAGAAGCCCGUCAGCAUCGACACCAUCUUCGAGCAAGAUGAGGUGAUUGAUGUUAUCGCCGUCACCAAGGGUCACGGUUUCAACGGCGUUACUGCCCGAUGGGGUACUAAGAAGCUGCCGCGUAAGACUCACAAGGGUCUCCGAAAGGUCGCUUGUAUCGGUGCUUGGCAUCCUUCCCACGUCCAGUGGACUGUUGCCCGUGCUGGUCAGCAGGGUUACCACCACCGUACCUCGGUCAACCACAAGGUUUACCGUAUCGGUAAGGGCGACAACGAGGCUAACGCCUCCACCGAGCAAGAUGUCACCAAGAAGACCAUCACCCCUCUGGGUGGUUUCGUCCGAUAUGGUGAGGUCAACAAUGACUUCGUCAUGGUUAAGGGCUCCGUUCCUGGUGUCAAGAAGCGUGUCACAACGCUAAGGAAGUCCAUGUUCACUCACACUUCGAGAAAGGCAUUGGAGAAGGUGGAGCUGAAAUGGAUCGACACCUCUUCCGAGUUUGGUCACGGUGCCUUCCAGACGCCUGCCGAGAAGAAGCAGUACCAGGGUACGCUCAAGAAGGAUCUCGUCCAGAGCUCGUAGAGGGCUUUACGUCUCCUUGUAUCUUGUCUUUGCAUCGGUGUUCCUGGUUCCCUUUUUCGGCUACUGCGAUGGGCAUGGUCUAAGGUUGGCAUUUGAGACUCAAAAGAAGUUAAUGAACAAAUGCAUGAAGUAAAAGCCAUAAGAUGCGUGUUUUCUGCGUUCGUGACAAGCAAUCGUAGUCCACUAUACAGUAGCUGAAUUAUAGUAACGUUAUGCAAAGGAGGCAUAUACCCCAUUAGC